AUGGCAAACAUAACACCACAUACCAGCGGGGAGCAUCUUUUGAUCACAGGCGUAACUGGUUAUAUCGGAUUUAAGACAUUGACAAUUGCUCUCGAAAGAGGACAUCGUGUUCGUGCGGUUGUCCGAAGCAAAAGCAACAUCGACGACUUGAAAGGCAAAAGCAAUGUGAUUGCACAAAGUCAUGACGACGAGAGACUCGAAUUCACAGUGAUCCCCGAUUUACUCGAGAAGGAUGCAUUCUUCAAGUCACUUGACGGAAUCAGUGUGAUCGUUCAUCUAGCGUCACCUUUGGCAAUUGAGACUGAUGACUACGAUAUCGGAAUCCUGAAGCAAACUGUCUCCAUGGUAAAGACCGUCCUGGAAGCUGCUACUCGUGUGCCAUCAAUUCGCAGGGUAGUCUUGACUUCGUCGUGUGUCACACUGAUUCCCUUUGAAUGGAACAUGAACCCAGACAGCGAGAGAUUAUACAGCGUGGCCGACACUAACACCAGCGUCGCUGGUCCCUUUUCAAGCGCAAUGGAAGCUUACUGGGCAUCCAAAGCUCUGGCCCGAGUAGAGACCAAGGAGUUUUUCAGCAAUAUGCGUCCAGCCUUUGACUUUGUGAACCUCUUACCGUCUGUUGUGAUUGGACCAGACGAUCGUCUGGAUGCAGAUCCGAAUGCAACUGGACGCAGCCUCCUGCAGGGCACGCGGGCAGCUGUCCUUGCACCGGCAUUAACCAGCUCGCUCAACUCUCCUUUCCCUUAUGUUGGUACUCCGGUACACGUUGCCGAUGUUGCAAGGGCACAUGUCGACGCGAUAGAUUCUCAAUUGGUGCCUGGGAAUUCGGAGUAUAUCCUCUCUUCGGACGCUCCAGAUGGAGUAAUUUGGGAUAGAGAUGUGAAGAAUGUGUGCAGGGAGUUCUUCUCCGAGGAGAUUGAAAGCGGAAAACUGCCAUUGGAAGGGUCACUGACCGCAAAGAAAUGGAGGCUGAAUGUUCAGAGCACGGAAGACGCAUUUGGUUGGAAGUUUACAAGUUUCGAGGAGACUUUCAAGGGCCUUGUUUCGCAGUAUCUGCGGCUAGAACACAAGUCAAACUAA